CCCGCAUCCCCAGGGGUGCGUGCACCCAACCCGAGGAGACCUGGAAGAGCGCGGGGACCUGGAGGAGCUCGAAGCUUUGGCAGAGGAGGACGAGGAGAUGGGGAGCGGGGCGAGCGCCGAGGACAAGGAGAUGGCCAAGAGGUCCAAGGAGCUGGAGAAGAAGCUGCAGGAGGAUGCGGAUAAGGAGGCGAAGACGGUGAAGCUGCUGCUGCUCGGGGCCGGAGAAUCGGGGAAGAGCACCAUCGUGAAGCAGAUGAAGAUCAUCCACCAGGAUGGAUACACACCUGAGGAAUGCAUGGAGUUCAAAGCCGUCAUCUACGGGAACAUCCUGCAGUCCAUCCUGGCCAUCAUCCGCGCCAUGACCACGCUGGGCAUCGACUACGCCGAGUCGGGACGGGCGGACGACGGGAGGCAGCUCUUCAACCUGGCGGACUCCAUCGAGGAGGGCACGAUGCCCCCGGAGCUGGUGGACUGCAUCAAGAAGCUGUGGAAGGACGGCGGCGUGCAGGCGUGCUUCGACCGGGCUGCCGAGUAUCAGCUCAACGACUCGGCCGCAUACUACCUGAACCAGCUGGACCGCAUCACGGCCCCCGGGUACCUCCCCAACGAGCAGGACGUGCUGCGCUCCCGCGUGAAGACAACCGGCAUCAUCGAGACCAAGUUCUCCGUUAAGGACCUCAACUUCAGGAUGUUUGACGUCGGGGGGCAGAGAUCAGAGCGCAAGAAAUGGAUCCACUGCUUUGAGGGGGUGACGUGCAUCAUCUUCUGCGGGGCGCUGAGCGCCUACGACAUGGUGCUGGUGGAGGAUGAUGAGGUGAACCGCAUGCACGAAUCCCUGCACCUCUUCAACAGCAUAUGCAACCACAAGUUCUUCGCCGCCACGUCCAUCAUCCUCUUCCUCAACAAGAAGGAUCUCUUCGAGGAGAAGAUCAAGAAGGUGCACCUCAGCAUCUGCUUCCCUGAGUACGAUGGUCCCAACACGUUCGAAGAUGCAGGGAAUUACAUCAAGACCCAAUUCCUGGAUCUCAACAUGCGGAAGGACGUGAAGGAGAUCUACAGCCACAUGACCUGUGCCACAGACACGCAGAACGUCAAGUUCGUCUUCGACGCCGUCACAGAUGUCAUCAUCAAGGAGAACCUCAAGGACUGCGGUCUCUUCUGAGCAGAAGAGCCGGCUGCAGUUCCACCUCACCGUCUGCUGAGCAGAGCCAAAAGGACAACACGGAGUUCCCCAGCCCCCUGUUUUUUUUCUAUAAGCUGCCCCCCACAUCCGAGCCCAGGCCAGGAGGGGCCCCAGCUGCCCUGCCUGCCCCACAUCUCGGCUGUUUCCUCUGGGGCAGCACCCAGCUGGGCUCCCCUACGCAGAGCUCAGCGCAGCGGAAGAGGAAACGGGCGCUGGGGCGCUGGGCACCGUGCUGCUCAGAGCUCGAUUUGCUCUUGGCUGCUUGUAAAUAAAUCCGUCCUGCCGUAGAGGAGCCCUGCAUGCUCUCACUGUUCAGCCACGGGCGCAGCUUCGCUUAGGAAAAACCAAACUGACACAAUAAAGA